AAAAACCACUCUGGAAACACACAUCUGUGUUUUGUGAGGACAUUUACUGCUUUGCUUUGGCUUGGACUGUAUCGAGUGGGGAUGGGAGACUCUGUGAGUGGUAGUGGUAGAUUUCUGAACCCGUGGGUUCUUCAUUUCCAGAAGAUGGGUCUCGAGCUCAAGUGCCCUCUCUGUUUAUGCUUGCUCGAAAGACCAAUGUUACUCCCCUGCAAUCACAUUUUCUGCAAUUCCUGCAUACCCAUUUCAACACAGCUUAAAUCAGAGUGCCCCGUCUGUAAAGCUCAGUAUCUCAACCAAGAUUCAAGGCCUGCGCCUUACAUGGAAAAUCUGGCAACAAUCUAUAGGGGUUUGGAAUCUACUUUCAGCGCCAAUUUGUUUCAGCAUGUUUCUUCUGGUUCAAGGAGGAUUUUGGAGCAAUGCCAGACUUCACUUUCUGCUGAUAAAUUGAGUAAGGAACCAUUUGAAAUUAUCCAAGGGGAUAAGUCAUGCAGUGGGCAGUCCAUCUUCUCAUUAUCGGCUAAUAAGCGAGUUCAGGUUCCUUUGAAUUUGAAUCAUUCUGCUGAAGAUGGGGUCAGCAAGAAUGAUGGAUAUGAGAAACACAGCAUGCCAGCAGAUGGUAAAGGUGGUAGAGGAGGAGAAAAACUUAAUCAGGUAGUGAGUACCAAUUCGCCAUCACUGAGUUUGCCAAUGGGACCUGGGGGCCUUGAAGAGCCUAAUGUUGUGGAAAUAGAGAUGAAUCGGGUGUCACAGUCAUUGCUGAAUACCCCUCCUUCAAUUGGUGAUGCUAAGGGUUCAGAUGGUGACAGCUAUGAUCAGAGUCUAGGAAAAUCUUUAAUCAAGAGAGCAAUUGACAAAGAUUCUGAAGGUAAGAUUAGGCAGUUGGGGCAUGACGGUUCUGCCUCUGAAACCGAAGAUGGUCAUUUGAGGGGUAUCAAGAGACAAAAGAAAUUAAACUAUGGCGCAUCAGAGUUGAGCAUGAAAGCAGACGGUUGUAUUCCACCAGUUGUUUCACAUUCUGAAAUCGUAGUAACUCCCAGUUCUGAUUUCGAAGCCGAAUCUAGGGUGCCUUCUGCUGCUGCACAGCAGCCUGUAAUAUCAGAUGCCUCAUUUGUGCCUAAAAGCAUUUGUGCUUUUUGCCAGUCCCCUGAGAUUUCAGUGCAUACUGGCCCAAUGUUGCAUUAUGCUAAUGGGAAAAUUGUAGUAGGAGAUGAGGCAACGCUUUCAAAUGUCAUACACGUUCACAGACUAUGCGUUGAUUGGGCACCACAAGUGUAUUUUGUUAAUGAAACUAUUAAGAAUUUGAAGGCAGAAGUGGCAAGGGGUGCAAAGCUCAAGUGCAGCAGAUGUGGACAGAAGGGAGCAGCCCUGGGCUGUUAUGCAAAAUCCUGUCGGAGAAGCUAUCACCUUCCCUGUGCAGCACAAAUAUCAAAUUGUCGCUGGGAUCAUGAAAACUUUCUUAUGCUCUGUCCUGCUCAUUCUUCUGUCAAGUUUCCAAAUGAGAGGUCCAGGUCUGGCAAACUUGAUUCUAAGGAUUAUCCUCUGCCAAGUCAGCAAGGCCCUCAGCAGUCUGAACUUUGGGUAGCUCCAAAGAGAGCCAAAAAAUGGGUUAUAUGUGGAUCUGCUCUAUCUUCUAAAGAGAAGGUUCUUGUGCUCAAGUUUGCAAGUAUGUGUGGUGCAACUGUGGCUAAGUACUGGAAACCAAAUGUCACACAUGUGAUUGCAUCCACAGAUGCACAAGGUGCAUGCACCAGGACACUGAAAGUUCUCAUGGCCAUUUUGAAUGGGAGAUGGAUUGUUAACAUUGGCUGGGUAAAAGCUUGCAUGGAAGCUAUGCAUCCUGUGGACGAAGUACCCUACGAAGUUUGUCUUGACAACCAUGGGUGUUCUGAUGGCCCCAAAACUGGCAGGCUUAUGGCUUCAAAUAAUGCACCAAAGCUCUUCAAUGGGUUCAAAUUCUAUUUUUCUGGUGAUUUUGUGCCUGAAUACAAGGACGAUCUCCAAAAUUUGGUUGUAACUGCAGGAGGUGCUGUUUUGAAAAGUAAAGAAGAAUUGCUGUCACAAAGCUGUGAUGAGGUAGCUCCGGUGAGGGUACUAAUUGUCUACAACCUUGAUUCCCCACAAGGCUGCAAGGUAGGAGAGGAAGUUGAUAUUCUUUGGAAGAGAUUGAGUGAAGCGCAGGAUGUAGCCGCAGAUAUUGGAUCCCAUGUUAUUGGUCACACUUGGCUUGUGGAAUCAAUUGCUGCAUGUAAGUUGCAGCCUUUUGUCAGCUGAGAAAGCUUUUGUGAUCCUUUUUUUUUUUGUUAUCAUCAGUCCAGGAUAAUAAUCUCUUUAUCAAGCUUGCUUAAGGCCCAAAUGUAUAUAGUUUAGUUAUAAAAUUAGACAGAGCUGUGUCUUUUUGCUUGGGAUAAAUUGCUGUCUGUUUCAGACUUUUGUUUUCUGAUAAAGCAUUUGUAUGCA